CGCUUUCCCUUUUUCUGGGGCUGGAUUGCACCCAAGAAGCAAGUAGCACUAGUAGAGUGGCACUAAACUUUGUAGUUGCGGGGAAAAACGAUUCUUUACGUCUCAUUUCAUUCAUUAAUCGGCUAUUAUUUCAGACACGAGGGACUGUAUUUUCUCUUUUUGGGUUGAGUUGAGUUUGACUUGCUUCCACACGUUGGGGAAAAGCUGAAAAUGACGAGAAUGCCACUCAGCUUUCCGGCGACCCACUUCAGCCGGCCGACGGCCAACUGGUGGCACAAGAUCAACGAAUCCGUUGAAUGGCAAGAUGGGAUCUUUUACACUCUCUGUGCUGCCUACGCCCUUGUCUCCUCUGUUGCCCUCAUACAACUAAUAAGGAUAGAACUUAGAGUCCCUGAAUAUGGCUGGACGACUCAGAAGGUUUUCCAUCUCAUGAACUUCAUUGUCAAUGGAGUGCGUGCUAUCGUCUUUGGGUUUCACAAAAAAAUAUUUCUUUUGCAUCCUAAGGUUCUGACUUUUGUACUCUUGGAUCUUCCUGGGCUACUCUUUUUCUCAACAUAUACACUUCUUGUCCUAUUUUGGGCCGAGAUUUAUCACCAGGCCAGAAGUUUGCCAACUGAUAAGCUCAGAAUUUAUUAUAUCUCCAUCAACUGUGGAAUAUACUUCUUACAGGUUUGUAUCUGGGCUUACCUCUGGAUUCAUGAUAAUAGCGUAGUUGAAUUCAUUGGGAAGAUAUUUAUUGCAGUGGUGUCAUUUAUAGCAGCACUUGGUUUCCUAUUCUAUGGAGGAAGGUUAUUUUUCAUGCUAAGACGCUUUCCUAUAGAAUCAAAAGGGAGAAGAAAGAAACUUCGUGAGGUUGGAUCUGUGACGGCGAUAUGCUUCACUUGUUUCCUUAUAAGGUGUCUCGUGGUUGUGCUCUCUGCUUUUGAUGCUGAUGCAUCACUGGAUGUGUUGAAUCAUCCUGUGUUGAAUCUGAUAUAUUACAUGUUGGUUGAGAUUCUUCCUUCGGCUCUUGUGCUCUACAUCCUGAGGAAGCUACCUCCCAAAAGAAUAUCAGCCCAAUAUCAUCCCAUCCGUUAGCGAGGUUGCAAUUUGUGGUAAUUCAUCAUAUCCUUUGCUGUGGCUGUGAAUUAAAAGCUAGCUUUGUCUGAACAAGAACAGUGGAGCCAGAAAUACAUCCAUAGCUGUUGUUAAGAUAGUGGUUUGGGUAAUUAAUGUCAAUGAAUUCUUUUUCAACGCCUGGUUGAAGGCAACUAUUUUGAUUGAGUUCCAUAGGGUGGUUCCUUCAUUAGUUUUUGGAGAUUAGGAAAUUGUACUCGAGUGACAUCGUAUGCGUUUAGUUGGGUUGGCUGGUCAAAUUAAUUUCUUGUAAUAUUGACGCUGAGGAUGCUUUCUCCUGUUCCAAAGUAAUACAACAUAUUGCCUCCAGAAUCUCUAAA